GGAUGUCAUAAGGUUUGAUCCUUUUUUCUUUUUUUUGAAAUUGCAAUAAAAGACAUGGCAUAACAAUAAGGCAAACAAGGUCAAGUGAUUACAGUAGAAAGGACUAUUUAGAUUAAGUUACAUUGAUCAACUCAAAGAAAUAAAAAAAACCAGACAAUAAACAGUAUAAGAGCAUGAUCAUCAUCAACAACAUUCAGAAGUCUUUCAUUUUUCUAUUAUUUACAAACUUUAGAGACUUGAAAAAGCUGACGUUUCUAAAAUAAAGAAAGGUGAUUUUUUUUUCUCUUCAAUUUUUGUGAAUAAAGAAAACUUAGCUUGUAAAAUUGGCUGGCUUAAUUUUUGUCCCAGUGCUGGGUUAUUUUUGGGUAAUUUUUAAGCCAGCAUUUUUAGGGAGAAUAUUGAAAUUAACUUAAAAUUCAAGCAAUGUGUCAACUGAGUUUUCAUAGUAACAAUAAUAUUUAUUCUUUAGAGUGCAAUAUCAUCAUAGGCCUACAUCAUGGUCUCAAAACACUUAAAACUAAACACUUCAAAAAAAAAUAGAGAUAAAAUAAUUAUAAAACGAAUAAAAGGCAAUAAUGAGAAAAAUAAAACUGAUGGGAAAAUUGAUCAAAAAGUAAGGGUAAAUGAAGUGAGGCAAAAUAAAUAGUAGGGCCUAGGCUAUAGCAAAAAGAAAAAUGAAACAAUAAGGAACCUAAGGCUAUUGAUAAUAGUAAAAGAAAAUAUCUCGGAAAAUAACUUGAAAACAUAAGCUACUGAGGUCUGCCAGAAAUUGUUUCACCACGUUACUGUAAAAAAAAAAUGCAAACAAACAAAACCUCACCUUCUUUAACACAAAAAGAACGUCACAAGGUUUGAUCCAAUCGUUUGAUCGGAUCAAGAAUGACGCACUGACAACUCUUCAGGCUGCGCAUGCGUGUGGAACACAACUGAAAGCUGGCGACGUGUGCUAGGCCGCAGCUAGGCUGUUCCUCCCGUAUCCGAAAUUGAAAGCGGAUUAACACAAUCGAAAAAUGGCCAGAUAUCUAAGGCCACCAAAUACCUCUCUCUUCAUUCGGAAUAUUUCUGAUGAAUCCAGGCCAGAGGAUUUGCGUCGUGAGUUUGGUCGGUACGGGCCUAUUGUAGAUGUCUACAUUCCCGUUGACUUCUAUAAUCGCCGACCAAGAGGAUUUGCAUACAUUCAGUUUGAGGACGUGCGUGAUGCUGAGGAUGCCCUGCAUAACCUGGACCGCAAGUGGGUCUGCGGACGUCAGAUUGAGAUCCAGUUUGCCCAAGGAGACCGCAAGACACCCGGUCAGAUGAAGACAAAGGAGCGCCGUUAUGACGACUACGAGGAUGCGCCUCGACGGGACGGCCGACGCAGACGCUCUCGCAGUCGCAGCUACGAGCGCCGCCGAUCACGCAGCCCCUCUUACGAACGCAGACCUCGACGAUCUGAGAGCCCUCGAGACUCGCGCUCAUACGGACGACACAGGCGCAGCAGAAGCCACGAUAAUGAUAGGUACCGGCCUCCCCAGCGCGAUCACCAGCGAGGCCCGCGCAGCCGCACCCCGUCCCACUCCCCCUCCCCUGACCGCUUCAGGCCCAAGGGCCGACGCUCUCGCACCCCGUCCAAGUCCCCCAGCCCGCCCGUUGACGACUUCCACCUGAUGUCAGGCUCCGGCCGUGACUCCCAGAAGGAUCCCCACAUGCGCUCGCCCUCACGCUCCAUCUCCCGCUCCCCAUCCCGCUCCAGAUCCCGAUCGCGCUCCUGGGCCGGACGCAAAUCAGGCGGCCACUAAGACCCAGUCAUCUCAUCCCCUCUCCUCCACGGCUUCCCUCUCCUCCACGGCUACCCUCUCCUCUUCCAUAGAUAUGAAGACCAGAUGCCAUGUUGAGGCUUUCAAAGUGGCCCAACCCUGGGUGCCACCAUCUUGGGCCGCUAUCAUGAUAUUUUUCAUAGAUGUUAGCGCCACCUACAGGAUUAUGUGCGUCUUGUCACCAAUUGAUGGCAGGAUUAUGCCAGCUAAACAUGGUAGCAAUCUGGCUUGAGUCAUUGGUUCCAAUACAAAGGAGCGGUCAACGUGGUAUCUAGUGUUCAUAUCUAUGUCCUUUCCUCUCAUCUGCUCCCCGUCCUGUCCCUCUCCUUUCCUUUUCUCUUCUCCGCCCCUUCCUCUGUUUAGCCAUCAACCCCCCCACUACCAACCAACCAACAUCAGUCAUUGAUUACACACGUUUUAUUUUGCAGACGCUGUGUGGGGUGACUAGGUCCUCUACAGCUUUAGUUUAUGAGAUCAGAUCAGUCGGUUAAUUUCUGAAAAAAAUGGAAGAGCGCUAGAGAGAGACAUUAUUUUUGACACUUUACUUUUUUUUUUUUUAAACAUGAUUUUUAUUGCCUCUGUGGCAAGUUGGAGACUGUAAGAUUUGGUACAUCAGUCAUAUGUGGAAGAAUUAAGUAUUUAGAGUUGAGUUUUCUGUAAUACUUCCAGAUGAAAAGUUAAUGUAUGAAAAGUUAAUGUAAACAAAGUCUGGUUUGGCCUUUUGUAUUAUAAAUUUGGAACUUCCGUUUGAUCUGAACCCAGCCAAGUAUGGCAUGAGCAUUUGGUAGGCAAUACUUUGUAAGGUUUUGUAAGGUACAUAGUUCUAUGCGUGCAAACUUACAUCUUCACUGUAAAGAUUCUCCUCGUUUUGCAAUACAUGUUAUGCUGAAAUGCCCAUUUCCUGUUUUGUUUUCUUUUUGUUUUGUUUUCAUUUCUUUUUAACUAUUGCUUUGUUAUGCCUACAUAAAGCUUUUUUUUUUUUGACCGGACACAGGCGAUAUAUUUUUUGGAAAGUUGUACAAGAAAGAGAAGUUUGUUCCAUCUACGUUUCUUACUUUGUUUCAUAUGUCAAUAAAAGAGUUUUUUUCUA